AUCCAGACGUCGCUGGCGUCGGCUGCAAACAUCGGCCACAUGUCACGAAUUUACCAGCAAAGGAAAAACAAUCCAAGUUCACCAGUCGCGCCGUGAACCAGGGACUCAAGGUGAACGCCAUGGCUCAACAAGGAGCUGGAUCCGCAAGCCGGUCCCCAAAAAGCCCACACUCAGCAAACCCAGGUGGUUCCGCGCCUCCUCUCCCACCAGCGUACAUGCCGAAACCAGAGACCUCCGUCGUUUGUCCUCCCGGCCUUGAGUACCUGACAGUCAUAGAUCAAGUUAUAAUACAGCAGGAAGUGGAACUCGCUGAAGCUGUUCUUGGUGUCGAGACUUGCAAUAGAUACACUGCUAAGAACUCAGCGGGCCAGUUCAUGUUCUCUAUAAAAGAAGAUUCAGGUUGUUGCGCGAGAUACUGCUGCGGGCCAAGGCGAUGUUUCGUGAUGGACGUCCUGGACUACAAGAAUGACGCCGUGAUGCGCUUCGUGCGGUACCUGAGAUGCACGCAGUGCUGGUUUUUUUGUUGUCUGCAGGUAAUGGAAGUUCAAGCUCCACCAGGGACUCUGAUCGGUCAUGUACGUCAGCGGUGGUCUAUAUGCCAUCCUACGUACGGAAUUUAUGACCGGAAUGAGAAUAGAGUGCUGGAUAUUGUGGGCCCCAUUUGCACUACCAGCAUACCUUGCAAGUGCAACGUCGAUUUCGAAGUUCGAUCAGCAAACGGCGCCGCUAUAGGCAAGAUCACCAAGAAGUGGAGCGGCCUCAUCAAGGAGUUCUAUACAGACAUCGACAAUUUUGGCGUCACGUUCCCAAUGGACUUGGAUGUCCAUAUGAAAGGUGCACUUAUCGCGGCCACUAUGCUCAUCGUAAGCACCGGAUUAUUUUGA